AAUUCAUGCUUUAAAUAGGAGUGCAUUUAAGUAACAGUGCAUAUUUGAGCCUCCUAAUUUGAGAACAUGUAAACUUUUUAAUGUUUUUUUCUUAUCAGUCUAUGAUAAAAUAAUAACAAAGAUCACAAGAAACCACACAGCCGGCGGAAACAAUUGCAUUCAUUCAAUUAUUCAUUCAUUCAUUCAUUUACCUUCAGCUGAGUCCCUUUAUUCAUCAGGGGUUGCCAUAGCGGAAUGAACCGCCAAAACACUAGCAAACACUGCUAAAAGCGAAAAAGGAGGCAUAUUAUUUGAGCACUUUUUGCCUUCAAAUUUGGCAAUGAGCAGGCAUGAUUAUAUCACUAGAGGGUUAAAUAAAGUCAACCCACUUGAUUUUGAAUGCCUCUAUAAUAAUAAAAGAUAUUGUGUUGCACUAUAAAAGAAAGCAUUGUGAAGCAGGCUGCUUUUAUCAUUCUGACACUUACUCCAACAGCAGAAAGAGUCAGAUUUAGUUUAGCUUGUUUCUAUUGUCUAAAACUGCUCAGUCAUGAACUUUGCUCUUGGCUGAAUUUAUAUUUAAUUAAAAUGUUUCUAUCUUUGCUGUUAUCCUUCUUGCCCUCCCUGACCUGAAACUUUCUACCAAAAACAAAGCACUGCUUUGCACUUAAGUCUGCUUCAGUCAUUUUAAGACAGAGACAGACAGACAGACAGACAGACAGACAGACAGACAGACAGACAGACAGACAGACAGACAGACCGAUAUAGAUAUCAGAAUUGUGCAAACAGAAGGAUUUUUACAGUACAUAUGAUUAAUAGAUAUGAUAAAUAGUAUAAACGUAAAUAGUUAUUGCACAUAGUUUUCAUUAAAGACUGGGGCCUAUUUUAUUACAAUUUCUGUAUUAGCUAAAAUAAUACGAGAUUUUGCAGCAGAAAGUGUGUGUUUUGUAGUUUUCCUUCAGCUACUCUUAUCAGUGCUGAUUCACAGGCGAUUUCCCGCGUCUUCCGCCUGGUGGAGCUGAACGGCACACGGCAGCGCGUGAGCUUGAGUCCAUCCUCCGGUUGAACUUUUUCCUCCACAUUUGGUAAUCUGACACCGACACUAACCCCAAAAAGCAGAGGAUGGAUUCCCAACUUCAUUCGCAAAAAUAGCUCAGCAAGAGCAGACGAGAAAACACGACCGAGGGGAAGGCGAAACUCUGAACGGCUUCGUUCACGCGCAUCGAUCCGUGAAGGGGCUUUUGGUUGGUGUUUAAAUGUUGACCGAAAAGUUUUUAUCUGAAGAGGCGGAUGGGUGACGACCAUUCUCUGCGCUUCCAUGUGAGGAGACGAUGAAGAAUUACAGCAGCAGCUCCCGUCUAAACAAUCACAGCGCGAGUCACGGCACAGAUCGUAACAGCAGGAGAGGAUUCUGGUUGUCGGCUCUCGGGCUUCGCUUCUCCCUGCGUGAUUAUGCUUUCUGCAUGGCCACACUGCUGCUCUUCUGCCUCGGCUCGCUCUUUUACCAGCUGAACGGAGGACCCCCUAAAGUUCUGCUGGAGAUCAGGCAGUAUCUCGGAGAAUCCACUUUUGUUGACGACCACGGGCCUCCUACACCGAGGGAACUGCCAUUCCCAAGUCAGGUGAUCUACAACAGGGUUGGCAAGUGUGGAAGUCGGACCGUGGUCCUGCUGCUAAGGAUUCUGGCAGAAAAGCACCAGUUUAACCUGGUGUCCUCUGACAUCCAUAACAAAACCAGACUUACAAAGCAUGAGCAGGUCAGUGGAUGGGUGGAUUUGAUCACAAACAUUAGCAAUAUCCCGCAACCUUUUCUGUACACCAGACAUGUUCACUUUCUCAAUUUCACCAGGUUCAGGAUAGAACAGCCUGUCUACAUAAACAUCAUCAGGGAUCCCAUUAACCGUUUUCUCUCGAAUUACUUUUUCCGUCGUUUCGGGGACUGGAGAGGAGAGCAAAAUCACCUGAUCCGCACACCCCAGAUGAAGGAUGAUGAGAGAUAUCUGGACAUUAACGUGUGUAUCAUGGAGAACUACCCAGAGUGCUCAAACCCUCGCCUCUUCUACAUCGUUCCAUACUUUUGUGGACAACACCCUCAGUGCAGGGAGCCGGGUAUGUGGGCAGUGGAGAGGGCCAAACAAAAUGUUAUAGAGAACUUUCUACUUGUGGGGAUUCUGGAGGAGCUGGAGGAUGUAUUACUCUUGCUGGAGAGACUUCUACCUCACUACUUUAGUGAUGUCCUAACCAUCUACAAGAGUCCAGCAUUCUGGAAGAUGGGGAACCUUACCGGAACAGUGAAGAAGCACAUGCCCACUAUAGAGGCUCUGCAGGUACUUUACCAAAGGAUGAAGUACGAGUAUGACUUUUACAACUUUAUUCGUGACCAGUUCCAUCUGACCAAGAAGAAGAUUGGCCUCAAGUCCUCCUCCCAGAACUCUGCUCACGAACCUGACUUCCUCCGUGAACUUGCCCUCAGGACUCAUGAGCCUUUGGAAGAGGAGGAGGAGGAAGAGGAGGAGGAAGAUGACAUUGGCCAAGAAGAUGCCAAUAUAUGGUUGGUUCAGCCUUGAGUCAUAGCUGUGGUUUAAGCACGACAGAUAACUCAUAAGCUUGGUGUCUACAUCCGACAAGGAGGUAGAGUCAACAUUCCCUAGUCAAAACUGGGUGUGUAAUAGUAAUCCCUGUGUUUUUAACGGGACGGCCCUUCAAGACACUGUUGUGAGAAGCGCUGAGUAGUUAUUUAAGGAACAGACGGUUACAUGUUUAUGAAAUUGAGCAGUUGGUUAUGGUCAUUUCCCAACUGGAAUUACAGGGAUGUUGCUGGAUUGUCAAAAUGAAGAGAUGAAUUAGCAGAUCGACAUGCUGUGGAAGGCUAAUUUUUAGGCCUGGAAGCUGAGUGACCUUGGACUCAAAUCAGCCCAUGCUUUCAUGCAGACACAUUCAGACCACACAAUGGAGACAAGUUAGGAUCAUAGCAAAGUGCCAAACCUUCAAAGUGCCAAGGUUUAAACCUAGAAGAUGAAGCUGUAAUCACAAGUCAGAUCUAAUCAGUUUAUUGUUACUCGCUUCCUCCUCUGGUUCCAGAAACCUGCUGCGAUACUGUGCCAGAAGUUCAGUGCUAAGACCUUUUUUAUAUUAAAAAUGAAAGGUGUUGUACAAUGAAUGUCUGCAAGAUGCAGCACAGAAUUGAGUGGAUGUUAAAGUUUUCUUUUUUUGCCUGGUCUGUCAUUGCAUGCAAUUGGCCAUUGAGUUCCCAUUUCCUACAUCAAGUGCUAAGAGGACUUAAAAUUAUAGUUCACCCUGAAAUGAAAAUGGAAACUGUGUUUUUAGAGCAGCAAUGCAAUUUUGUUCAAUUGAUCUGCAGUGUAUAUUGCAGAACUAUUAGGGAAGAGUCUAUCACCCCGUAACUGUUUGCCAGUGGUUAAUGUUCUGGCAGAAUCAUGAUAUAAAACAAAGUAAACAAGGCCAUAAUAUUAAAGUGAAUAUGUUUUUAGAGGUGAAUGAACGUGAUAAAGGAGGCUGUCAAACAGCACAUUGGAAAUCAAGUUUGACAACAGGACAUCAAAACAAUGAAUGUGAACAUUUUGGGGAGUUUUAUUUUGUAAAUUACUUUUUUUUCUAAAUGAUCAACUUCACAGAUCAACACUUAUCCAGAAGUAAGGAAGGUCCGUUUGUAUUCAUUACUGGUCAUGAAAACCUUAUGUUAAACUAUUCUGGUAAAGUUAAAUAAUUGAUAAAAGACUACAUAGUUGUUAUAAUAGCUACAAGCUCUUGCAGAAUUUAACACUUCCCAUUUAAACUUGCCAGUACUUGUUUGUUUGUUUGUUUGUUUGUUUGUUUGUUUGUUGUGUUCAGUGUGAAUUUUUAUAUUGUUUAAUUUAUUGUAUACUGUUAAUUUUGAUGAUUGCAUUCCAUGUUCAAAUCUCAGGAAACCAAAAAAAAGAGCAGAUACAUUUUUGUUUUUGCCAUCUAACAGCUGGAAAAUAUUAAUUCAUAUGAUGUCUGCUUAUUACUAAAGGUCAGCUGGAGUGACCAAUCUUUGGAUACCAAAUCUAAAUGAAAUGGCUAACAUUUUACAAAUUAACUGCACCUUUAAUGGGAAAGCUCUCAAAAUAAAAGCAUUUUAACAGCA